AUGGAAUUCCAGAUUGAUGAAUCACAAAUAGCAAUCGAAGCUCGACGGACUAAAAAUCGACUGGCUCAGCGCACACAUCGUAGAAGGCGUCGCGAGAGACAGCAAGUUACUGAUAUGGCAAAUACCAUGGACUCUGGCGAUGACCACGAGACAUGCCCGUCAACCUCGAGUCAUGGUCGCAUCUCCUCCAUAUCCACGGGAAGCUCAGUCACAGCUGCGACAUCGAUCAUGACAACGUCAGAAAACCUUUCAAAUUUUGAGCAGGAUGCACCGCUCGCUUUCGAUCCCAUCUUCCCUUCACAUCAAUAUCAGGAUCAGUCCUGGGGUCACACUGGUCAAGGACCAUCUUCUUAUCAGCAAUCAGACUUUGUGAUGGAACGAGCAUUUCUCGCCAGCCAAGUCGUCGCGCAGCAUGGCCUUACGAAUGGAUUCGACUCCACAUCCAAGAUUUUGUUCGAUCAGCUCAGUUCUGUCCUCGAUAGCGACAGUUUACCAGUUGGUGCUCAUCUACCACUGGAUUCACAACCACCAGUAAGGUUAGAAGACCGCAUAGGCCACGUUCUUCACGCAGCGGAUGGGAUGGGGUUCGAGAAUUUCGAUGUUGUCAUCACAGACUACUAUACAGCGAAAUUCAGAAAAGGCUCGUUGCCUUUCUACGCGCAAUCAGCAAGCCGCAGCAGGCGACUUCGCCAGUUUCUAAUUGAUUUGCACGAAAGUUCCAAAACCUGGACCGGUAAGGAGGCACAAGGAUAUCAUGAGGAACGUGUACUCGCUAUGGAGCGGUCCUAUGAAGAGGAAUUCCAACAACUAGCAGAGACAGGGCUAUGCAGUAACGAGGUUGAGAUAAGGAAGCGAGCGUUUGUAGGGACCAUGAUAAACCAAUUGUUCGAGGACGAGACAACGAAAGACAUUUGGAAACGCGACAGGCAGUAUCUGCGCGAACAGGUACCGGGUAUCUGGUCUCUGUUGUCAAACUUGGCUCGGAACCUGAAUGUGUCGGACAACGAUAUCUCGCAAGCAAUCUGUGUUUUUCUGUACAUGUUAAAGGUCAUCAAGUAG